AUGUCGAUUGAAGUAACCACACAAAAUAUAUUCCCACAAGAUUACAGAGGUAGAUUAACAGAAGGUGUUACCUAUGAUUAUAGAAAUAAUCAAUUGUUAUGGAUAGAUAUUAUAUUAGGGCAAAUCCAUAGAGUUUCAUUAACUGAUUUAAACAAGCAUGAAAUAUUGAAAUGGGAUAAUCCUAAAGAAAGUGUUGGGUUUAUUGCUCUUACUGAAGUCGAAGAUACUGUUUUAGUUGCAGCAAAGUCAGGAUUAGCUUAUGGGAAUUUCAAAACUGGUAAAUUGGAAUAUUUUUUCAAAUAUCCAUUUAAUGAAUCAGAACAAAAUAGAUUAAGAUCAAAUGAUGGAAUAAUUGAUCCAUGGGGGAAUUUAUGGAUUGGAGUAAUGAAUGAUUUCCACGUUGGUUCAGUACAAGAAGAAGGGUAUUUAUAUAGAAUCACACCAGAAUUAAAAUUAGAUGUAAUGUUAACAAAUACCAAGAUUUCAAAUGGAUUAGCUUUUAAUGAAGAUGGAUCGGAAUUAUAUUGGACAGAUUCUGAGAAUUUUACAAUUUUUAAAUUUAAAUAUGAUAAAGAUACUAAUAAAUUAAGUAGUAAAACUCCUUUUAUAUACACUAAAGAUUUUUAUCCAGAUAUUAAAAGUCCAGAACCUGAUGGAAUGGUACGUACAGAAACUGGGGAUUUUUAUUCAGCUGUCUUCAAUACUGGAACUAUACUUCAUACAAACCAUAAAGGUGAAUUGAUUGAUAAAAUUCAUGUACCAGCAGAAAGAUGUACUUGUGUUACAAUUGGUGGACCAGAAGGUAAUGAAUUAUUUAUAAACACAGCUAAUUUAAAAUUAGAUGAUUUCGAUGCUGAAAUUAACUCGGAAGAUUUAUUUGGAGAUCUUGGUGGAUUUUUAUUUAGAUUGAAAUUUAAACAUGAUUUAAAAGGCCAAAAGAAAAAUAUUUGGGGUGGUAAAGUAUAG